AUCAAAUCAAAACCUAAAACAGCAAUCAAGUGUUCAACACAAAAACAACAACAACAAUUAAGUCUAUCAAAUGAUUAACAAUUAAACAUAUAAUAUUUUCCUUAAUCAUGUUUUCAAUUUAUUCCCAAUAUCAUCAAAUCAUUUGGAUAUUUUUUUCUUUCACAACAAAAUCAAUUUUUCUAUGACAAUUAAACUGGACCAAUUUAAAAAAAAAGUACCAACGGAAGUCAAGAGUAAUUAAAACGUUUCCUUUGUUUUAUGAUAACUGUAAUCAAACAUCAACUAAUCUGAUUGAUGUACAAUCGAUUUAAAAUCAAUGAUAACAAUUGGAUUAAAAGUCUUGAUUAAUAUUUGAGCUCAAAUGAGAAAAAAAUUUUCAAGUGAAAACUUCAAGUAUCUUCAGUUGAGAUGAAGUCAAAUUGAUUUUCCAACAGUUGAUCCUCUGUGGUCUCGAUAAUUAACUUUAAUUAUUUCACUUUAAGUGAUCAAGUUUCAUUCAAAUUUACCUGUGAAGUUUCAUCAAGUGUUAAUUUUGAUUCUGAUAUCAAGAUUUUGGGAUCAUGUGGCUGAUGAACAGUUUAAUUGUUGGAUAUUUACCAUUUCUACUGAUACAUUUAUGGGCUAAUCAAGUUAAUUGUUCUGAUAAUUCAACUCAAUUGUUACAAUAUCAUCAGAAUAAACUGUUAAUUGAGAGACAAACUCAUCUAAUCACAUCAGGAUUUUCUGCUAUCUUUUGGAAUUACCUUCGUAAUUUAAAUGAUUCAACAACAAUUAACGGUGUUUCUAAUCAAUGCUCAUCUUCACUGGAUAAAAUAAUACAAUCAACUUUAAAUGGUCAAGUUUGGGCUUUCAAGUUUAUAUCGUUUUCUGGUUCGAGGCCGACCGAUUUUCUUGACGGUUCCUAUGCAACCUUUGGUUCUUAUGAUUCUUGCCUUGAAUUUAAUCAAUUAACUAAAUCUAGUAAUCAAAGUGAAACAAUUAAAGGACAAUAUUGUUUAACUUCAUUGGAACCUGAUUUAUUGAGAAAUGAUCAAUCAGAAUCUCAAUUGUUGAGUGAAUUGUAUUCACAUCAUUUGGAUUCUCAGUUUAAUUUAACAAUCAAAUUUGGCCUUUGUCUCCCAUCAACAUGUUCACAAGGUGAUGUCCAACAAUUAGUUAAUCAAGCUCUAAAUGAUUACAAUUGGAAAUUGGUUGAUGUUAAUCAAUGUGAAGUUUUGGAAACUUUUUUCGAUCGGUAUUCAUCAGCCACUAUUGGUGUUAAAAUCUUCUUCUGGUUAUUAGUAUCAUUGAUUGUUACAAUUAUCUGGGGAACUCUGAUCGACUAUCAAGCUAAAUCAUCGACCAAUGAACUGGACUCUAAAUCGAAUCACAUUUUCUGGAUUAAACAAUUUUCAGCAAUUAAAAGUGUUCGUAGUUUAUUUCGUAAGCCUGAUUGCUCACCAAAGAUCAUAUUAUUAGACCAAUUAAGACUUACCUGUGUGAUGAUUGUUGUAUCGUUACAUGCGGUUAUGUGGUUUACCGUUAUCAAUGCUGGUUUCCUUGUUGAAAAUACAAGGAAAGGAAUUGAAUUGUACAAACGAUUUGAAAUACAACCAAUAGCCAAUGAUUGGAUUACUGAAGGUCUAAUUGUCGUUGGUGGAUUAAGUUCUGCAACUGUUUUAAUCAAGAAAACUACACCACAAACUCCGAUCUCCACUUAUUUAUAUUUAAUCUGGCGACGAGCAGCUCUAUUGAUUCCACCAAUUAUAACUGUGAUUAGCUUGGAAAUUGUUUUACCGCUAUUUGGAUCUGGUCCAUUCUUUAAAUCAGUUAAUCAAUUUAGAUCAACAGUUUGUCUUAAAAAUUUCAUUUUCAAUAUUUUACAUUUGCAAAACUAUUGUGAACCUUUGGAGAUUUGUGCAUCACAUACUUGGUCAAUUGCUGUUGAAUGGCAAUUGUUCAUCCUUUUAACUGUGGCAAUUUACAUCUACAAACGUAAUUAUCGAGCUGGAUUAGCCUUUAAUUUAUUCUUAAUUGUCGUUGGAUUCAAUCAAGUUAAUCAAGUUAUCUUACGACACAACAUAAUACCUCAUAUUUUAAUUACUUCAGCAAGAUUCAGAGAUAUUGCCGCUCGUAUGGGCGCUUAUUAUGUCUCUACCGAGUCUCACAUUUGGAGCUACUUUUUGGGACUUUUACUUUUAAUCAUAAUGCUUGGUAAUUAUGAAUCUAAAUUGGGAAUUAUAAUAACUAAGCUACGAUACAAAGUUAGCAUUGGCUUGACGAUUGUACUUUCGUUCACUUCCUUACCUUGGAAUACAUUUGGAAUGCCGAUUGAAUCAGUUACAACAAUUAUCUCAUCAACGAUAAUUAAGAUUUUAAUGGCUCUAUGGUGUUCUAUGCUUGUCUUCCCUCAUGGUAAAAAGUUCCGUUCAUUUUUAGCUGAUUCAAAGUCCAACGAUAUUUAUAUUUACUCCGAUGUCGAAAAUGAAAAUUUGAAUGGUGAACAAUUAAAGGCUAACAACGAGUUAAUAUCCGAAAGAGAUAAUGAAAAAUCAUCAGCAAAUAACAACAACAACAAUAACAAUGUCAAUCUAAAUAACAAUCAAAAAACAAUCUCCACAAUUAAUCAAUUUAAAUCAUCAGCUAAUUUCAAAUCUCUUCAUCGAUUUGAAAUAAUCCUCCGAUUAUACAAAUCGACCUAUUUUAUACAUACAAUUGUCUAUGCAUUUCACUUUACCACAUUAAGGACAUCACUUACUUACAGUUUGAAGAAUUAUUUAAUGAUAAUGACCACGUUAACGGCGACGGCUCUUCUUGGUGGACUCUUUUUUCACAUUCUAAUCAUUGGGCCUAUUGAGAGGAUUCAAUAUAUUCUGUCGAGAAAACCGAUCAAAUCAAAGACUCUUUAGUCUGACAAUUAACUAAUCACUUGUUCCUUUACCGCCAACAAUAGUUAAAUCAAUUAGUAUUAAUCGUUGAGAAAAGUUUUAAUUUUAAAAUUGUUCAAAGUCAUUUAUUCAUAUGUGCUAAUUUUAUAUUUAAUAAACAAUUAUUGAUGAA